AUGACAAGCUUUUAUGAUACUGAGAAGAAGGGCAGCAAUUGGUUCGACAAUGGCAAAGAGGUUAUACGUGGGAAGCCAGAAAAAGGUUUGAGGCCAAAGCGAUCAACCAUUGAAUCUGAGUCUCUUGCUUUUGAGCGAGCAAAAGAAGUUCAAGCAAAUCUAUCCAUUCAAUUUCCAAGCCUUAUCAAGUUCAUGCUCCCAUCACAUGUUUCUGGUGGAUUUUGGCUAGGUCUUCCUAAACCUUUCUGUAAAACGCAUUUGCCGAAGGUUGAUACUACAAUUGUUUUGGAAGAUGAGAGUGGAAGAGAAUACGAAACAAAAUAUCUUGCCGACAAGGUGGGCUUAAGUGGUGGAUGGAGAGGCUUCUCCACGGCUCACAAUUUACGUAAGGGAGAUGUUUUGGUUUUCCAUUUAAUCCAUCCUUGCAAGUUCAAGGUAUACAUCAUACGAUCUCAUGGGGCAAACGAGGUGGAUGUUGCGCUUAGCCUUCUACAUUUAGAUGGUUGCGUGAAACAACAUGAUUCUAAUGUUUCUCAAGAAAACGAUCCAAGCGAUAGCACGAUGAUAUGUGAUGCUAACAUGCCGUCAUUAGAACAACCUGAAAAUACUAGUGAUCUAGAUCAAAAUCUUGGCUAUGAAGUUUUGAAUGGGAUAAGAUUAUCAGGAUCUACAAUCACUUUCCAACAAGUCACAAGUAUUGAGAAUUUCAGCAUUGUGGUUGAUGGUCUGGUACUUGACUCAGAACUAUCCAAACACCUCAAGACCAAGUACUAUGAACUUUGUUGCAGUCAGGGAAUGUUUCUUCAUGAGCAUCUUCUUGAAGGUCAGAACUGUAAACUUGUUGUUGGAAUGAUCUGCGAGACCAUUAAUAUUGCCGAUGCCAUUAGAGCCAGCAAGAUCACAACCUCUUCGGAUAGUUUUGAGGUGUGGUAUAAAUCUUUAAAAGCCCUUGAAAUGUUCGGCAUGAAUGUUAGUUUCUUGCUUGCUAGGCUAGAACAACUCAUGAGUUUAGCUUCAAAAUCCAAGAGGUACACAGAGACGAGAAUUAAACGAGAUCAAGCCGAGGAGGAAAAGAAAGUUCUUGAACAAAAAAUUGAGGAAGUGAAAAAGACCAUAAGGAGACUUGAUGGUGAGCUUGACUCCCAAAAUCAGAACCUUGAGAGAUUAGAAGCUGAGUUUCAAGAUCUGGCUAAAACUCCCUGGUGA